AGCAAGUGUCUGCUUGUCUGAGCUGCUGGCUGAACGUUUUCCGCCGCAGUGAUCGAAAUGUGCAAUGGCAGCCAAGUGGCCUCACGCCCAGGAGCUCCACGACCAAACAGACAGACGACAGCUAAUCCUGAUGGGCCAUGACCGACAAGCGCGUCUCUCCGGCUGGUCGUCAGCUCGUUCGACAGUUAAAGUGGAUUUUCGAUUCUUUUUUGACUUGGCGUUUGUGAGUGAGAAUGUCGCGGAAUCUCACAACAUUUGACAAACAUUGCGAAUCUGCCACCUUUAGCCACAAAUUUGGCUUGCAUCUGCGUCUGCGGCUAGGCGAGGCAGCGUGCUUGGCUCUUGGCAUUGAUGUUGCGGUUGUCGCCUCGCUACUCCCUGCCCUGCUCUCGCUGCUUUCGUGCGGCUCGGCUGGUGGCAGGGCUCCUGUCAUACGGACCGAUGAGGCCGGGGUUCCGAGCCUGAAGAAGCUCCAACAAGUCGCGAACUCCCCUACCUUUCUGGCGCUGGAAUGCCAUGACUGGAAGUACGAUGGUCACGGUAGGUAACGGGGAGUUCCAUAGUAGAACGCUCGCACAUGGUCGUCGCCGAAAACUCGGCCUCUGCAUCUGAUGCAAUUGGCAGGACACGCAAAGCACAACACAGUAAUAGCCACGUGUUUCUAGAAAUGGAAAAUGUGGAAGCUGUUCUGGGUUCGAUGGAGAUACGUGGAAGGUAUUUGGAAGGAGUAGAGUUGGGUAACAGACAUGGGUAAACACGAUUGGAUCCUCGAAUAUCGAAUUGAUCCCAGGCCGAGUGAGUGCCUUCCUCUCGUACCUCGAGCAAACAGGCGCCGAUAAGGGCAAGAGCUCCGCAGCCUGUUUGCCUUGACGGUGGACCCACUAUCGCCCCAUGGAUGGUGUCGAGCUCAUGGCGACGGAAAGCACCAUCGGCAGCGUUGUGGAGGCAUGGGCGGCACCCACCGGCCGGGCAAAUCGAAGAAGGCACGCCAUGCUGAUACGGUGCACCCAAGUCUGGCGCCAGACUCUUGACAAUCUUUGCACGACGUGAGUUUCGUGAUGUAAACUUGCCGCUCCAUCAUCACCAGAAAAGUGUCAAACAUGGGUUUGGUCUUGUAAUGAUAAUCCUCGCUUGCGUUUUCGGGGAUCUAUCUUGAUGCAUACCCCUCAUGUAACGGUGCAAUCUUUGGAUCCGAUUCAACGGGGACAAGUAAAAUCUUGGUGUUUUCGGGUUUUCCACAUCUAAUAUCCUACGUA